AUGGCAGAGUCCAGGUCCCUACCCACUGGAUUCGGGGAGCUAGAGGUGCUUGCUGUGGGGACAGUGCUGAUGGUGGAAGCUCUCUCUGGUCUCAGCCUCAAUAGCCUGACCAUCCUCUCUUUCUGCAAGAAUCCAGAGCUGCGGACCCCUACCCACCUGCUUGUGCUGAGCUUGGCUCUGGCAGACAGUGGGAUCAGCCUGAAUGCUCUCAUCGCAGCCACAUCCAGCCUCCUCCGUGUCUCCCACAGGCACUGGCCCUAUGGUUCAGAUGGCUGCCAGGCUCAUGGCUUCCAGGGAUUUACAACAGCAUUGGCCAGCAUCUGCAGCAGCGCAGCCAUCGCCUGGGGGCGCUAUCACCACUACUGCACCCGCAGCCAAUUGGCAUGGAACACAGCUGUAUCCUUGGUGCUCUUUGUAUGGCUGUCUUCUGCCUUCUGGGCAGCACUGCCCCUCCUUGGCUGGGGCCACUAUGACUAUGAGCCCCUGGGGACAUGCUGCACUCUGGACUACUCCAGGAGGGACAGAAAUUUCACCAGCUUUCUCUUCACCAUGGCUUUUUUCAACUUCGUCCUACCCCUCUUCAUCACGCUCACAUCCUAUCGGCUCAUGGAGCAGAAACUCGGGAAGACUGGCCAUCCCCAGGUGAACACCACUCUGCCAGCCAGAACGCUGAUGCUCUGCUGGGGACCCUAUGCCCUCCUGUAUCUAUACGCAGCUGUCAUGGACGUGGCCUCCAUCUCCCCCAAGCUGCAGAUGGUGCCCGCUCUCAUUGCCAAAAUGGCGCCCACGAUCAACGCUGUGAACUAUGCCCUGGGCAGCGAGAUGGUCCAGAGGGGGAUCUGGCAAUGCCUCUCGCCGCAGAGAAGUGAGCGGGACCAUGCACAGUGAGCCU